AUGGAUUGUUAUGGCAGAGCCCUUACCGUAGAGCAAUUUCAACUCCUGCAAGAACAAUUUGGUUUCUUGCCAGAGCUUGGCGUGAUUAUUUCGAUGAAGGGAUCAUCGAUCUAUGAUUUCUCUCAAAGGAAAGUAGGGGUUCCUGUUCCUCUGUUCGAAGCGGGGUUACACCUGCCAAUGUAUGACUUCUUUGAUAUAAUUGUGCACCACUGCGACUUUUCUGUUGACGAAUUAACCCCAAGUGUCGUCAAUAAGAUCAUGGGCUUCGAACUGAUCUAUGGGUCCCCAGGUUGUAUACCCACUUGUUGGGUCUUCAGUUACUUCUUUUGUAUGUAUACGAACUUUGGUGUCCGCAUGUUGGCGAAAAGGCGAGGCAUUCAUCAGUUGAUCUCUGAGCAAGAUAAUCCGAAGAAAAAUUGGCAGAAACAAUGGCUCUGGAAAGAUUUCAUCCUUGCUGCAGCCGAUAUGAGUGCUGCCUGGAGGGUGUGUGGGAAUAUGGCGCAAUUAUUCGUCAUGAUAGAUGGUGCCAAAGCCGAUGUUUCCUUGGAGAUGGCCUUACAUGGCCAUUAUCAGGAGCUUGCUAGAUUGCUCCCGACAGAAGGGGGAAAUGUUGGUUCUAGCGGACCUGCCUCGUCUACUCAGUUGGGUGUUGGGACUACAAUCCCAAGCCAUUCUACGGCCUCUUCUUCUGCCGAUAUUCUUAUGGUUAAUCAAGUAGGAAAAAAGGCGAAACACAGUGUACGUGCCCAAGGUGGUAUUGGGUAUGUUCAUGGCGAUGUGUUUUCUGCUCCCGGGCGGAAAGAGAUAGUAGUGGUGCCCAUUUCUUCAAAUACAUCGCCUUAUCUGUUUAUUGACUCACUCACGGCUAAUCCUGGUGCCUGUUCUGUCCUUGGAGGUGCAUUGGGCAUGUUAGGAGGCUUUCCUCCAUCAGACAUAACUUAUAUGGUUGAAAAAUGGAGUUACUGUGCCCAUCCUCCGGCCACAAUCAAGUUUCUUGCGGCCCAAUCGGAGGCAUGCAUGGCCGGCAACCUUCGGUACGCAGCUGCUCAAACUUCUGCCCUUAUGGUUGCUGCCGCUGACCAGGGUGUUCUGGCGAGGGGGUUAGCCAGGUGCCAAUGUCAACUGGCCCAUGCUCGGGUUGAUGGUGUUGCUGCCCUUGGAAACUUGCAAUGGGUGUUGGAAAAUGGCAUGGUCCGAGUAAUCAAUAAGGUUAUCGCAAGUGAGGAGUUUUCUAGUGGGAUCCAAGGCUUACAGAAGGCGUGUGAGGCCCUUGGACUGGAAAAUGGGAAACAGUUGGCCUGUCGUCCGACAACUUCUAGUGAAUCUAACGCCCCAGACCUUGACCAUGUCUCUGGAAAGGUCGAAGCGGUGGAUGUUGCCCUUUCAUCCCUCUCUGAGACGGAUUUUGCAGGCCACUUUCGUCUGUAG